AUGACUUCUUCCGAAGAAAAAGCAAAAGCUAAAAAGGAAUUUGAAGAUGUAUUUCCAACUCUUGCGGAAGAAUUUUUAACAACUAUUCGAUCUCGAUCGUUUCCAAAUGAAUGUGUUGAAUGGCUCAAAAAAUGCAUUUAUCAUAAUGUCCCUGGUGGAAAAAUGAAUCGUGGCCUGUCCGUGAUUGAUACGCUCGAAAUUUUAAAGGAUGGAAAAGUUUCCUCUGAAGAAUUGUUUAAGGCGAGAGUUCUUGGUUGGUGUGUCGAAUGGCUACAAGCUUUCUUCCUGGUCGCUGAUGAUAUAAUGGAUGCUUCUAUCACUCGUCGCGGAAAUCCAUGUUGGUAUAAAAUGAAAUAUUUUCGCCAAGAUCCUUAUUAUGUUGAUUUGUUAGAGUUAUUCCAUGAGAUUACUCUUGAAACUGAAUUUGGUCAGUUAUUAGAUUUGGUUACAGCUCCUGAAGAUGAUGUAGAUUUGAAUAGAUUCUCUAUGGAAAAGGGAAUAUUUCCAAAUUCAGAAGUAAUUGGAAAAAUUGGAACUGAUAUUGAAGACAAUAAGUGUUCCUGGUGCAUUAACCAAGCAUUAUUAGUAGCAACUCCUGAGCAAAGAAAAUUGUUAGAUGAAAAUUAUGGAAAGAAAAAUCCAGAAAAUGUUUCUGUAAUCAAAGAAAUUUACAAGCAACUUGAUAUUGAAGAGAAAUAUAAAAAUUAUGAAAAUGAGUCAUUUAUCUAUUUGAGUGAAUUGAUUUCUCAAUUGGAUGAGACUUUCUUGAAGAAAGAAGUAUUUAAUUCAUUCAUGAAAAAGAUUUAUAAAAGAACCAAGUAA